AUGGGCGUGCAGCUAUUGUGCCAACGAGCGAUCGCACUCCUGUGUGCUUGGGCUCUCGCUCUCGCAGCCGAAGCGAGUCUGGUCGGCGAUCCGGAGAAUCAUGCUGCCGCAUUUACUGGAAAGCCGCACCAGCCAGCAUAUCCCGUGCACCCAACGAAAGCCGCCAGUGCCGAGGUGGUCAAGAUCGGAGUAUUUGGUCUGUUUUCGGAUAAAGUCGUCAAUACGACAGUCAUGGGUCAGCCACACGGCAGAGAUGCCGCUAUCUCCGAAUUCGGUAUCGCGAUCCUGACGAAAGACGUGCAAAUCAGGUUCUACGGCGUCCAGGCUGCGGCAGAUAUCAUUAAUAGCGACAACUCUAUUCUUCCGGGAAUUGACGGCUGCGAGAUCGAUUGUCGCGAGCAGCUGUCCCUGUCGGCCGUCCCGCACGGGACAUUCUUACAUUCAUCUGCUUUUUAUCAGCUCAUCGAAAUCGACUGUAUUGAUGUUUAUGACAGCGUCUCCACCGAGGCCUCUUCAAUACUGACAUCGAUACAAGCGAUGGGCUCAAAGCAGUACGUUGGAUUCAUCGGAGACACAACGGAGCAGACAAGCGUAUCCACAGCGAUACGUGAGGAGGGUAUCGUCGCUGGCAAGUUCAACUAUCCGUUUUGUACCUAUAUGUCUGGAUCCUUGGAUAUAUACGAUCGCAGUACAUUCUCGACGACCUUCCGUGUUGUGGCUGACAACAGCGUGGCGGGCGCCAGUAUCGCUGACUGGGUGUACACCAUGGGAUGGUGCAAAGUCGUCGUGGUGAUAAGCUGCUCGCAGUACGAUACAUAUGGAGCAAGCCUCUAUGCCGGAUUCGCAUAUCGAUCGGCCUUCCUCGGCAUAACCAUCUUGGACACCAUCCCAAUGUAUUGCGAGAACGAGCUGCUGAUCAAAAAUAACUGGACCGAGCCCGUCGCGCGCAUUCAGAGGACAUAUGGACGGAUCUUGAUUGUUCUCGGCAACGUUGGUCCCACGACCAUGCUGUAUCUUCAGGCAAGUAAGCACGGCCUGACCGGACCAGAGUAUGUCUGGUACGUGUCAUCAAGCAUGGGAGCACUAUCCAGCUACCUCAGCGACAUCCAGGCCGAGAACGAGCCAACAGAAUUCGACGGAAUACCCUUGGACAUUAUCAGUGGGCCCUACUUUGUUUUAGAUGGGCCAGUAACACUGUGGAUGGAUCAUCCCUUCUGGAACUUGCUCAACGAAACUUGGUCGAUAUACAAUCUCAAACCCGAGCAAACGAUAAUCGAACCGUGGUCGUCUGUCCCACUGGUCUUUGACUGUGCUCUUGCCAUCAUAUACGGAAUCGAUAACAUGCUGAAGCAGUUCCCUGGGAGCGUGUCGCUGGAUAUGAUGCGCAAAGGACAGCUCCCAAGAGCACUGACCUCUCCGUCGGCAUUUUCUACCGGCUACAUGGGGGCGGUGGGCCUCCUGGACUUUACUGUCUGCGCCAACGAGGAGCUCCUUGGAUCAGACCGUGCUAAGACCCUGUCCCAUUUUGUCUCCAUCGACGACCCCACAAAGACUGCGGC